AAGACUAAAUCAAAACACCGGCAGCCAUCGGAAAUUUCUUAUCUUAUCAUUUACAUAAAUUUGCACAACAUUACGUAGUUCUAUUCGCUUUGUGUGCCGUCUCAACCUGCGUUUGAAUAAGUUCAUAAGUUCAAGUUUUUCAAAGUGACUUUCAAAACUCACAUAACAAAAUAACCUUAAAAAAUGGCUACAAAGAUUAAACUGAAUAAUGGGAGAGAAAUGCCCAUGGUUGGCCUGGGUACCUAUUCGCGCCAAGCAGCGCCCGGGCAGUGUCGCCAGGCGGUGGAGUGGGCCAUCGAGGCCGGCUACCGCCACAUCGACACCGCCUCCAGUUACAACAACGAGGUGGAGGUCGGGGAGGGCAUCAACAAUAAGAUCAAUGACGGAACCGUUGAGAGGAGGGACUUGUUUGUUACAACUAAGCUAUGGAACGAUGCGCACGCGCCGGCGGCAGUGGUGCCCGCGCUGCAGGAGUCGCUGCGGCGGCUGCAGCUCGACUACGUGGAUCUGUUCCUCGUGCACUGGCCUUUCUCCGUCAAGGGAGCUUCUUCAAUAUUGAACAAGAACGACGACGCGGGCAUAGACUACACCGAAACUUGGACGGGCAUGCAGCAGGCGCGCGCUCUCGGCCUCGCCCGGUCCAUCGGAGUCUCCAACUUCAACGAACACCAGGUGCAGAGGCUGGCGCAGACAGACUGCAGGCCUGUCGUCAACCAGGUUGAGAUUAACCCAACGAACACGCAACACAGACUAGUGAACGCCUGUCUCCAAAGCUCUGUUGUCCCGGUGGCCUACACCCCGCUAGGCCUGCUCUCCGACGCGAGGCCAGAGUUCGAGGGCAAGUCCAACAUCAAGACUGAUGAGAAACUGAGGGCGGUCGCGGAGAAGUAUGGCAAGACUGUCGAGCAGGUGGCCUUGAGAUACCUGAUCCAGCGAGGCAUCCCGGUGAUACCGAAGUCCUACACCAAAGCUCGCAUCGUUCAGAACCUGCAAAUAUUCGACUUCGCUCUCACUGAGUCAGAGAUGGCGCUAGUGGACGGGUUCAACAUUGACCAUCGAUGCGUGCCCGCGGCCGGCUUCAAACAUCUCACUAACUACCCGUUUGUUUAACUUCCCACUAGAGGGCAGUAAAUUGUGCUUUUCCACCAGAUGUGCUGAUGCUACGUUGCGAUGGACGCGUUUGAUAUCCACCAAACAUAUUGAAUGGUCCUCAUAGCAUAGCUUGGUGGGAAAGGAUUUCUUUCAAAUCAUCGCGGCAUAGCAUAUCUCGGAUGGAGCAGCACUCUAAGACUGAAGCACAGACUAUUAAGUUCGAGUGAUUAGUACAGUCUGAUCGAUAGUCUACAUAACACUUACCUCGCACUUAGUGUGUGCAUCAGCCAACAUUUUUGAGGCCACUUUUGACUUUAGUGAUAUUAGCUUAUUGAUAUUUCAAAAAUAUAUAGAAUAUAGGAAGAAGUGAAAAACAUUUCGUAUGACAAUAUUUUUAGAUGUAAAAAGUUCGUUUUUUUGUUUUACUGAAAUGCAUUUUUUAUUUACAAUGGGAUCAAUACUUUUGAAUUGUUAUUAGUUGUAAGGAAGCAUAUAUUGAGUAAAAUGUUUUAUAUCAUAAUAUACGAAUUAUUAUUUGUGGUAUGAACCGCUAACCUAAACUAAACUAACAAUAGGUGCUGCAAUAAUAUGUCUGGUAAAUCGAUUCAUCACGGUGAUAAACCCUAUUCUAGUUAAUAAUAUUUGUCACCGACACGAUUAGAAUAAAUGAAUAAAACAGAUCACAUUAAAUUAUCGGUCAAUUUUAUUACUUUAAAAUACUAUAAAUAAAUUAAAAGUCAACAUUUCGCAUAAAUAAACCAAAACAUAAUAAAAAUAUAUUUGCACAUAAACGCUAAUAAAAUGUAAGUGAACUCAAAAAGCACAUUUACACAAACCACACCCGUUUAAAAAAUGUUCUGGUUACAAAGUUAUAAAGAUAACUUUGGAAUGUCUGUAAAAUAUGGUACGACUCAAAGUACUCUAUUGGCUAGUUAAAAACAAUUUUAUGUAGAUAUGUCUUAUACUUGGAUUAGAAGCAAUUGAUCCUUUGAGCCGCUGGUUCUAUACAGAUGUAGUCAGAGCCUGUUUCAUACUCACAACUGAGGUAACACUAUGGCGAAAGAAAUUGCAUAAUCUCUUUAAGAAAUAUAAAA